AUGGCAUCCGACCUGGCCUCCAAGGUCGCGGGGCUAAAUCCGUUCGGGUCCAAGAACAAAGGAAAGGGUAAGGGAAAAAUCGAAGAGGAUGACCAAGGCGAGGGCAUCGAUGCACGCGGGGCUGGCAGCCGCGUGUACCACGGGGUAUCGCGCAGGGAGAUCCGUAUCAGCCCCGCCCUCAAGUCGUACCUGGUUCAAAACAAGACACUCUCCGAGGACGAAGCGGAUGCCGACAACGAGGGCAACACGACGGAGGGAUUGCGCCGAUUUGUCGAGCGACCCUACGUCAACAUUCCCCGCUCAGCGACCGACUUCUCCCACAAGCUGCCCGACUACUUCAUCAGCUCUAGCCACAACACAUACCUGAUGGCGCACCAGCUGUACGGGACUACGUGCGCAAGCGCGUACGAGGCGGCCAUCAAGGCUGGCUCCCGCUGUGUCGAGAUUGACGCCUGGGACAACAGCGACCACCCGGACGAGCCCAAGGUGACGCAUGGGUACACGCUUGUGUCCAACAUUCCCUUCCGCCUAGUGUGCGAGACGCUGCGCAAUAUCUACGACGAGGAACGUGAAGAAGCUGACAAGAAGGUUCACACGGACUGUCCCGCGCUGACGCCCAUUAUCAUCUCUCUCGAGAACCACUGCGGUGCCAAAGGUCAGAAGCGCCUCGUCGAAAUCAUGCUCGAGGUUCUUGGCGACAGGCUGCUGGCCAAGCCCAUGGUCAUUGGCUCUAAGGAGCAUAUCCCUCUCGCCCAGCUGGGCCACAAGAUUGUCGUCAUUGUCGAGUUCCACAUGGUCGGCGAAGCGUCAGACGACAGUGAUUCUUCGGCAUCAGAUUCACCAGACUCUUCCGACGAGGAGGAGGACAGAACGGCCCGCAAGCAGUACAAGGACAAAAAGAAUCAGGGCAAGGAAACGUCGUCUGUCAUCAUCCCCGAGCUCGCCGAGCUAGGUGUCUACGCCCAGUCGGUCAAGCCCCCAGACAAUUCCUGGUUCGAAACCGGCACGCUGGCCAACGGACCGCACCACCCGCUCAUUAACGUUUCCGAGACGGGACUGGCGGCUCAUCUGCCUGCCAAUGCUGUCAGUGUGGCCAAGCACAACGCCAACCACCUCAUGCGUGUAUACCCUAAGGGAACGCGCAUCUCGUCGUCUAAUCUAAAGCCCGUGCCAUUCUGGAACGUGGGGGCUCAAAUUUGCGCCCUCAACGGACAGAAUUUCGGCACGAGUAACCAGAUCAACGAUGCGCUCUUCAUCGGCACGGGAGGCUACGUCCUCAAGCCGGCGCCUCUGCGCGAGGGCGGGUCGGGCACGCUGUCCACAGGCCGCAAGGUGACGCUGCGUCUCCAUCUCGCAGGCGCGAGUGACGUGCCCAUUCCCAAGGGCGUCGAUGCCGACGACCUUCGCCCUUACGCCUCGUGCACCCUCUUCCACGUCGACAACAUGGGCCGCGACCCACCCAAGCGAAGGACGUCGCCCUACAAGCCGUCCAAGCUGGGCUUCCUGCACAAGGGAGGGUCGCCGCCAUCCACAGACCCAGUGUGGGACGAGGUUCUCGAGUGGGAGUACGACUACAAUGAGCUCACCUUUAUCCGGAUACUCAUUAAGAAUGAUGUCUCCUGGGCUGGCAACUCCAAUAUGCUCACGCUUGCGGUGCGGCUGUCGUAUGUUACACAGGGGUGGACGCUACUCAGGAUGCUGGAUCUCAAGGGGAACGACACAGCGUGUAGUAUUCUAGCCAAGUUCGAAUUUGUCGAUGCUUAG